AUGCAGAUACGUCUCCCCAGACCCCAUCUGCGAGUCUCCCAAGGCGAGUCUGCAUUUGCAGCUGGCAAUGCACGCUGGACAAAUCGCGACCUUGACCCGAUCGCCAAAGAUCGGCGCAAAUGGGGUGUAUCGAGUCUUAUAGCAUAUUGGAUCUCAGAUGCCUUCAACGCAGCUACCUGGCAAUUCGCCAGCAGCAUCAUCGCCGUCGGAUUAACCUAUCGCGAAGCGCUGGGUAUCGUCGCCCUAUCCUUCUUCAUCAUGUCAUUCGUGAUCGCCGCCAACGGCGCCGUCGGCGCCAUAUACCACGUCCCUUUCCCCGUGAUUGCGCGCGCCAGCUGGGGUUUUUGGGGCUCCUACGUCGCCAUAAUUUCACGAGUCAUCCUAGCCAUAUUCUGGUUCGCGAUACAGAACGUCAAUGGUGGAAACGCCGUUCGCGUCAUGAUCGGUGCUAUCUGGCCUAGCUAUCUGAGUCUACAGAACGAUAUCCCAGAGUCACAGGGUAUAACGACCAAUGGCAUGGUUGGGUUCUUCAUCUUCUGGCUCGUCCAAGUUCCUUUCCUAUGCAUGCAUCCAAACCGGCUGCGCUGGCUGUUCACCGUGAAAUCCAUAUUGGUACCUAUUGCCUGGAUUGCCAUUUUGAUCUGGGCCUUUGUCGCGGAGAAGGGCGGCGGCGGAGUUUUCACAGCGCAGACUUCCACCGUCUCGGGAUCCAAGUAUAGCUGGCUAUUUCUGGCUAAUAUGACAUCGGUACUGGGGAAUUAUGCGACUCUGUCGGUGAAUCAGUCUGAUUUCUCUCGGUACUCGCGUGUUAGUCCUCGGUGGCAACUGCUCUAUAUUCCGAUGUUGCCAAUCGUCUUUACUUUCAUCUCUUUUAUUGGAAUUGCCGCCUCGUCUGCUGGCCAGUCACACUAUAACCUCGACACGAUCCCGUGGGAUCCAACGGUUUUGAUCAGCUACUGGCCUAAUCGUGCAUGUCGAUUCUUCGGCGCCUUCUCUUUCGCCCUGGCUUCUCUUGGCGUCAACAUAUCUGCCAACUCGCUUUCCGCCGCUAAUGAUUUCACAGCUUUGGCACCGCAGUAUAUCAACAUCCGACGCGGCCAGAUACUCUGCGCUAUUUUAUCGUGGUGUUUGGUCCCAUGGAAGAUCCUCGAGUCAGCGGGCAAUUUUCUCACAUUCAUGUCUGCCUACGCCAUCUUCCUUGGCCCGAUCGCUUCUAUCAUGCUCUUUGAUUACUGGGUGAUAAACCGACGGCGCUAUGAUACCCUCGCUUUGUACCAGCCUAAAAACCCGAUAUACAGAUAUACGUUCUCGGUGCCAGGCCUGUCGAGCAAAAGCGUAUCUGGUGUGAAUUGGCGCGCAAUCGUGGCUUUCCUUGUAGGCGUUGUGCCGAGUCUACCGGGUCUGAUCAAUUCUGUGAACGCCAAUAUUGAUGUUGGGGUCGGUGAACACCCAUAUCAGUUUGGAUGGCUGCUGGGAUUUGUUGCGACAACUAUUGUCUAUUUGUUGUUGUCAUGGACAUUCCCGGCUCUGGAGUCUCGGAUUGACCGCGCGGUCCUGCCUGAUGAAGUUUACGAUAGAGGUAUGGUGGAAGGGGUGGAAGUAGAUGAUUCGGACAGGCAGGAUAUCAGGUCGGGUUCGCAUGAUAAGCACGUGUUUGUGGAGAAGGUUGUCUAG